AUGCUAAAGAGGACACUUCCUUUACUCACCAAGUUCAACCCAAAGCUCCUAGGGCAUAGCGCCCCCGCUGCCGGCGCUGCCGGGCCUAGUCCGAGCAUUGGCAGCAGCACAUCGACUUCGGCAGACGAAAUAAGCCAUUUCCAGCAGUUGGCACCGACAUGGUGGGACACCAAUGGCUCGCAACGCAUCUUGCACAAGAUGAACUUGUCCCGCAUGGACUUCAUUCAAAGAAUCCUGUCAGAACAGAUGAAAGUGACUACUCCAGACGUGUACGUGCCAGGCUUCAACUACAAGGCGCACCUGCCGGCCGCAGUUAGCGAACAGAUACAGAGCGAGCUGAACACCGAGGUGCGGUCUUUGCUACGGCAGCAGCGGCUGCAGGUGCUCGACGUGGGCUGCGGCGGCGGAAUCCUCGCGGAGUCGUUGGGCCGGCAGCCGUAUGUCGAGAAGGUGUACGGCAUCGACCUGACCCCGGACUGCAUUGCCGCUGCGCGGGCCCACCGUGACAAGGACCCGGUCCUCCGCGAGAAAAUACAGUACGACGUGCUGCCACUGGAGGAAGUGGAGGGCCAGUUCGACGUGGUGACGAUGUUCGAGAUGCUGGAGCAUGUGGAAAACCCGAGCGCCGUUCUCGAGCACGCGUGGAGGCGGCUACGCCCCGAGGGGAUUCUGUUUGUGAGCACGAUCAACCGCAACCUGCUGUCGUGGUUCACCACGAUCUGCAUGGCCGAGCACGUGCUGCGCGUCGUGCCCAAGGGCACGCACCACCUGGAGAAGUACCUGGACGCGACCGAAGUGCAGGACUGGUUCCAGCAGCACACGCCGGGCGCGCACCGCAUCCUGGACCUGAAAGGCAACAUGUACGUGCCCAUGUGGGGCUGGGUCGAACACGACCUCUCCAGCAUCGGUAACUACUGCAUGGCAGUGAAGAAGCUGCGUUAG